AUGUGUAUCCAUGAUGGUUGUUCUCCCUUUCACCGAUUUGGCAACUCAUUGGCAAUUAAUAGAGCAAUUAUUCCACUACCUUUAUCGUAUACAAAUAUUUGGUUUAUUGUACUUUCUACAAUGACAUUCAUUGUCAUCAUCGUAUUAGUGUUGAUCUCACAGAUUUUCGAUUUAGAGGAAGUAAUGAUUGUCUGUGCUGUGUUUGCAGCAGUUUUGUUAAUCAUUUUAAUGCUGAUUGUAGGACAAGUAACAUUUGGCAAACCUGAAUUGCGAAUUGUCGGUGAUGAUUAUUGUCUAGCAACAUUGUUUUUGUAUACUGUGUUGAUGAUGGAUCAGUUAACAGGUAUUCAACUUUUUGGACAACAGUUGAAUUUGAAGUCUGUAAACUGUGUGGCAUUUGAAUAUCCUGUAAUUUGUUGUAGCAUCAAUGUAAUGUAUAGUAAUAAAGAGGCUAAACAAGCAUCACCAUCAGUAAGACGAAAUUUCCCAAGUGUUGCUUGA